GUUUACAUUUAUUUGGUAUUUAAUUACUUUCGAUAAAAACGGUUAGAAAAAUCAAUCUACAAGUGAAAAACAAACGAAAUGUUGCUACCUUUCCAGAAUUUUAAAAGUAAAUGUGGAAUUCUCAUUCUGUUAAGGAAUUCGAAUUUUCGAAUUUCUUAUGUAUUAUCUUCCAGGCGAUCCUGUAGUUCAUUUUCUAACACAGUAAAGACAUUUGAAAGCAAUGAAAACCAGUUGUCACCAGAGUAUUAUAGUAAAAUUAGAAUGCUCUUUGACGGUCUUCUUAAAGGACAACGAAGUGCACUGGCUCAAUCCAUAACAUUAGUGGAAACACAACAUCCAGAAAAGCAGCUUGCUUCACAGUUUUUGUUGAAUCUCGUUUUGAAAGAAGCAAAGAAGAAGUAUUUGAAGGUAGGAAACAAGGCCUUAAGCUUCCGUAUUGGUUUAACAGGUCCUCCUGGAGCUGGCAAAUCGACGUUUAUUGAAUGCCUCGGCAAAUUAAUGACUGACGAAGGGCAUAAGGUUGCUGUACUUGCUGUUGAUCCAUCUUCUUCAACCACCGGUGGAUCUUUACUCGGUGACAAAACUAGGAUGCCAGAACUAUCCAGAGAUCCUAAUGCAUUUGUGAGACCUUCUCCCGCUAGUGGUUGCUUAGGGGGUGUAACCAGGAGUACAAAUGAAGCUAUUGCUUUAUGUGAAUCAGCUGGUUAUGAUAUUAUUCUUGUCGAAACUGUAGGUGUUGGACAGUCGGAAUUUCAUGUAUGCCAUAUGGUGGAUAUGUUUGUUAUGAUUGUAUCACCUGCUGGAGGGGAUGAACUUCAAGGACUGAAGAAAGGGAUUGUGGAGUUAGUAGAUAUGAUAGUUGUUAAUAAAUCAGAUGGAGAUUUAAUACCUGCCGCUCGUCGCAUCAAAACAGAGUACCUGAGUGCUUUGAAAUUUGUCCGACGCCGUUUCAGAACAUGGAACCCUGUUGUAUUAUGUGUAUCGGCAAAAACUAGGGAUGGGAUAGAAAAUUUAUUUAAAGAGUUGUUAGAUUUUAGAGACAUAAUGUUAGAAUCUGGAGAAUACCAAUUAAAUAGGAAGCAACAGCAUAAAAUGUGGAUGUGGCUCCAUAUUGAAAAUAAAUUAAUGAGUACAUUUAAAACUCAUCCUGAAAUUAAAACUUUGGUAGGUGAUUUGGAAACACAAGUAGAGAGAGGUACUGUUACACCUGGUCAAGCUGCUGACAUACUAUUGAAACGUUUUUUUAAUAUUUAUAAUGUUGUAAAAUUUUAACAAAUCUAUUUUGUAAUGUACGUAGGGGAGGUAGAGCCACAAUGAGACAAAAACCACAUACUUAUUAUUUUUCGUAUAUUGGUGAGUUCUAAAGCACAGAAACAUAUUUAAGGCAGUGAGAAGCAAAUGGAUGUAAGUGGCAAAAUUAAAAAUUCGGAGAAAACCAGUACACAUGGUAGGUGAACCUCUCCUCUGUCUUGGGGUAAGAGAUGGUACUAGUAGCCCUGAUAGUUGCUGCUAUACAGCAUGAUUUAGAAAAAAAUUUCAAUGAAAGUCUACCUAGGAUGUUAGCUUUAAACGUGUUUUACUCAAAACUUGAAAAUGUCCACUUAAAUCUCUUUGCUUCUCACUGCCUCAUUUGAUUAUAUUAAAGGUGUCAAACUAUAGUAUAUUGCCUCAAAUUUAGCUCGUACAAUGUUAGAAAAAAAAGUUAUUAGGCUUAUUAGGUUUUAUAAAUUUGAUGAAAAGUGUUUCAUUGUGGCCCAGUUAUGGACCACUAUAAGACAUUAAGUAGGGCCACAAUGGGACAGCUGAAUAAUCACUGUAUUUUUACCUAAAACAUUUCCAUCUCAUAUGCUAAUUCUCUUAAAUAUCUCGUACUUUUUCCAUAACACAUUUUGAACUAGAACCAGAGUAAUAAAAGCUUAUCCUCAGACUCAGGCCCAGGGUUGCAAAGAAACAUAUACAGGAAAAGAAUGAAAUAAUAAAUGCCAAAUAUUAAUUGAUGAUUAACAUACAUAAUUAUUUUAUAGAAAUAUUAAUUAUAAUUAUAAAGUACUUUGAAAUAAGUACUACCAUGUUUGGCAACCUUAUAACACCUAACUGGUUUCUAGUUUUGUUUUGUACAAAGCUGUAUAGUAAAAUGAAAAGAUCAUUUGUAAUAAUUAGUUAAAAUGUAAAUAUUUUUAAAUCAAGCCUACUUUUUAUUGUUAAAUUUCUUUUUUGUAAACUAAAACAAGAAGUAGAUACGUAUACUUGCUUACUGCUACUUGAGACCUCUCAUUGUGACCCAAGACACAAAAUAAAGAUUUUUGCUUCAUAUCAUUAAAAUAAACCAUGAGUUAAAAAUAAUAUAGCUGAAUAAUAGAAGAUUAAAGUUUCAGUAACAACAAAAACUACUUUUUCAAGAUUACGAUAGAUGCCAGAAAUUAUCCAAAUAACUUUCAGUGUGUCCAAACAGUAAUUAUUUUUUUCCUACCAAGACAAAGUUGUAGAACAGUAUGGAACUAUAAAUUCUGGGAAGCAUUUUGGUUAUGUUUACUCUUCCUAGGUGGUGGUUGCUGUCAGAAUUGUAUUUAUUUUUGAAUUUACUAUGUCUCAUUGUGGCCCACCCUCCCCUAUAAAACAAAUCAAAUUUUAUACUCAGUGGCAUAGUGGUGGUGGCCCAUUCUAAGUGAAAACUGUACACAAUGUACAAAAAAAAAAAAAAAAAAAAAACCAACUGAAUUUUACCAUCGAAAAUGCAAAUUAUGUUUUUUGCAACCGUGAGUUACGAUAGGACUCAACUAGUUGAGUUUAUUGUUUCUGUCCUGUCUCCGGUCCUCCCGAAACGACUUUAUUUAUGCCUGACCUUCUCAACUUUAGACAAAAACAGCAUCCGGCACACUACAAACUCCCGCAAGCAUGUCACUACUUCUGGGCGAUGGGGUUCAUGUCCUCUGGUCUAGGGGCUUUGAGCAUUAGGAUGGGCCGAAAAGCAACUUUUUUUUUAUUUGCGAUGAUGGGUAGUGCCAAAAAGGUGUCAUUAGUAAAGCAAAGUGCACAUGAAAAAUUUGAAUUUUUUCUGACAAUUCCUUGAUUUGCCGCAACUGGGUUGAAGUUUCGAAAAAAUGCUGUAUUUUCAUGUUUUUACUCAAAAUUAGUAAAAAAAGUAUGUUUUUAUUUUUGAUGAUGAGUCAUGCAGAAAAAGUACCAUUGGAGGUACUAAACUCCCAUAAAAAAAUUGGGGUGUGUGGUAUAGCUCUUUCCUUUGCUACAAAUGAGUAGAAAUUCUGUCAAUUUUCAGUUUUUUUAACGUUUUCAAUAAAAAUUCUAAAAUAGUAAAAAUUUUGUUUUUGCCAUAUUUCUCUGCUAUAAUUCUAUAGUUUUAUCACAUGUGAUGCAUUUUUAAAUGCGUGAUGUGUCAUAAAUUAACUACUUAUUGCGUAAAAUUUUUAUUUUGAAAUAUUCUCUUCGAAAACUUUUUGCUUCUCUGUGUUCAAAAUUGAGGUUAAAAAGCACAUAACUCAACAAAGAACUGAAGAUGGUAUGGAUGUACAGAAAGUUUCUGCUUGUACUUUCAACAGAGAGUCUUUAUCUUCACUGUUUUAGGUAAUAAAAGCUUUUUUCAAGUUGAAUUUCUGCAUUUUAGCACUUUUACUUCUGUUACAGUAUUGCUACAAAGAAAGCAUCUUUUCCUUCGUUGCCAUCUGCAAAUUCCAUGCCAUUUUUGCAGUAUUUCGUUUUACUUCACAGCUAGCAUAGGACUUAAAUUUUUUAAAUUGUUUCGGAUACUAUAUUUAUUCCUGUUUCUUGUGACUAAAGACAUUUUGUGAUUCAAGGUUGGCUGACAUUGGUUGAGAACCAAACCGAGCAUAUCAUCGUAUUCAGUUAACCUGAAUUUUAAUUUUGGAACCUGAAACCUUAAACGCUCGAAUUUCUUGAUCCUUGUUUCUUCUUUUAAUUGCUAUCUAUUUAUUCAAUUAAUAUUCAUCACAAUAUUUUCAUACCUUGGUUUUCGUCAGUUUCUAUUGCUCUUGUGCAGUGGCGCACACAGGAAUUUCGCAAGGGGAGGGUCCAUAGUUAAAAGGCCCAUUUUCAUAUCAUACCCCAAUAUGCCGUCAAACAUAUUGACUUGAUUUUAUUGAUUCUUGAGAACAAAAACAGUAAAAAAUAAAUUAUUGAAUAGAUAAUUAGCACUAAUUAAUAAAAAAAUAUUAAUAACAGAUAGUUAAAUUACCAGAAA